AUGUUUUGCAUAGUAGAAAGAAUGAAUUCGCCGGAUAAGUAUCCAGUAACAUUAUUACAGAAAGAAACCAUGAAGCUGGGGAAAGUAUUUACUGCAAAAGAUAUAUGGGAUAAACUGAGUCAAUCAUACAAUUUAGAAAAGAUUGAUGAAAUGGAGAAUACAUAUUCCUUGAAAACUACUACAGAGGGUUCACGGAAUGGUGAUGGAAACGAUGAUGAUGGGGAAAUUAAUAAAGAAACUUUACUUGAGUUGAAUAAUCGGAUAAGAGUGCAUAAACAAGAUUUUACAUUGCCUUGGGAGGAAUACGGUGAAUUGAUCUUGGAAAAUGCAAGAAAAAGUCCAAACUCUAACGAAGAGCAGACUCAAAUUGAAGAUAGGGAUGGCAAAGAUAACACAACUCCAAAGAAGAGUCUUUCCGGAGGCCUACAGAACGAGGAAAAUAAUGAGGAAAAUAAUGAGGAAAAAAACGUGGCAAUUAAAGUGAAAGAAUUGAGCGAAUGUCAUACAGAGGAAAAUGAUAGUCCAAUGGACUCCCAGAGAGAACUCACGGCAGAAGUGCAAAGUGAUGAAAAGGAACUCCAAAGGGAAUAUGCGAGUGAUGAGGAACAGAAAACAAAAACUACAAGUAAAACGACGGCUCCAGUAAGAAAAUCUCGAAGGUUGAAAAGGAAUAAGGAGGUUAAAUUUGAAGACGAAGAAAGGGAAGAGAAAAAAGAAGAAGAUACAAAAGAGGAAGAACGAAAAGAAAAGAAGGAAGAGAUUCAGAAAGUAAAAGAAAACGCCAAUGAAGAAAUAGGUAAGGAAAAUAACGAAAACGAAGAGGGUGAUGAUGAGCGCGAAAAAUCCACCUCUUAUGAAAACACUAACGGUUCUGAAAGUGAAGAAGUUGACGAAGGACUGGAAUACGAGUCUGAACGUGAGAUAGAAGGUACAGGAAAAGAACCUGAGUCUGAAGGGGACAAUUUAAAAAAGAAAAUAGAAAACAAAAAGGAUUCCAAAGACAAAAACGAACCGUUAGCGAAGAGAACCAGGCAUUCUUCAUCCGCAGGUAACACUAGCAAUGAAACCUCACCGAAAAGGAAAAGGCGGAAGGCAGGCUCUCGUAAAAAUAGCCCCCCAGCCACAAGAGUUUCUAGCAGGCUACGAAAUAAAAAAUAA